AUGCGCAAUAUAACCCCCAAUCGUCUAGUACUAUCAUACAUCCUCGAUUGGACAGUCAUAGUAAUAAUCGCAGCAAUCGGUUACACCUGGUCCAACCAAACCCCCAUCCACCGCCCCUUCUCCCUCACAGACCCGAACAUCUCCUACCCCGAGACAAAACAUGAAAAAGUUCCCUUCGGACUUGCCUUGGCACUCGCUCUGAUCCUCCCGGCUCUCGUCAUCGCGCUCGUUAUCAUACUCCGCAUCCCGGGACACACGGUACACAAGUAUACCCCGCGCUCUGUCCUGUGGAGGUAUAAAUUAUGGGAGAUUAACGCGGGUUGGCUCGGUAUAGCGCUGGCGGUUGCUAGUGCGUAUGCGACUGCGAAGGGGUUGAAGCUUUUGUUUGGGAAGCCGCGGCCGGAUUUGUUGGCGCGGUGCGAUCCGGAUUUGGAGAAUGUUGCUGCGUAUGUGGUUGGUGGGUUGGGGCGGGAGUUGCCUGGGGCUCCGGUGUUGGUGACUUCUAAGAUUUGUCGGAAUAGGUCGCAUGGGUUGACGAAGACGGGGUUUGUGAGUUUUCCGAGUGAUCAUGCGUCUUUGUCAUUUGCCGGAUUGACGUAUUUUAGUCUCUGGAUAUGCUCUAAAUUCUCCAUCGCCUUCCCAUACCUCCCCAUCUUUCCGUCCAACACCCCCGAACCCGAUUCCCACCCGGAAUCAACACUCUCCAUUCGCAAAGAAGGAGCCGCACCGCCCAUUUAUACGCUCGUCUUCCCGGUUAUACCAAUCUCAGUUGCUUUUUAUAUAGUUGCAUCUCGCUGGACCGAUCACAAGCAUCACGGAGUUGACCUUUUGUUCGGGUCUUCUAUUGGCAUACUCUUCGCGUGGAUUGCGUUUCGGCUGUACAAUCUGCCUAUUCAGCGUGGCGGAGGCUGGUCAUGGGGAACCAGGAGUCGCAGGAAUGCGUUCUUCAAAAGGAUCGGAUUUCCAAGCCAUGUCGGAAAUGACAAUUGGGCCGCUGGGCGUGCGGAAACUGGUCAACUCGCAUUGGUUUGA